AUGUCGCGCUCGCCCCGCGCACGCACCGAGGAGGCCCCGCCCACGGACUGGCUGGGCGAGCUGCCGCCGGAGCUGCACCUCCGCAUCCUCGAGGGCGUCGACGACUUCUCCGACUGCGCCGCCUUCAGCCUCGCGUCGCCGCGCCUCGGCCUUCUCGCCCUGCGCAGCGGCCUGGUGCGCUUCAACGACCCUCUCUUCGCCGUGGCGAUGCGGCUGCUGCUCGCCCAGCGUACACCUGCGCUGCGCCGCUCGCCUCGCCUCGCCGCCGCCGCCGCCGCACCCGCUGCCAUCCCACCCUCGCCUCUGACUGAGUCCAUCCUGCGCAAAUACGCCGCCGACCGCCGUGCCAGCGCCGACCACUUCCCGUGGCUUGCGAGGGUGAGCCCGGCGCUCUGCCUCUCGUCGGAGCUGGACGGCCCCGGCGACAAUCGCAUCGCUAAUUGGAGACUGCAGCGCGGCGAUGAGAGUGGCGCGAGGCUGCGGGUGGGCCUCUUGCGGUGCGGAUUUGCAAUGUUCUUCGAGGGCGAGCGAGGUGCGGAGAGGAGGGUGCGCGCGGUGAGUGCCGAUGGCACCGUUGUGCACCUCAAGGGCGAGCGGGGUGCGGAGCGGAACGUGCGGACGGAGUUGCCCGACGGCAGCGUGGCGUACUACGAGGGCGACCAAGGUGUGGAGCGGAUGGUGCGCAUGGUGCAUGCCGAUGGCAGCACCGUUGUGCACUUGGAGGGCGAGCGAGGCGCGGAGCGGAUGGUGCGGACGGAGAUGCCCGGCGGCAUGGUGAAGUACUGCGAGGGCGAGAAAGGUGCGGAGAAGAUGGUGCGCAUGGAGUUGCCCAACGGCAACGUGCAGUACUACGAGGGCGAGCAAGACGCAGAGCGGGUGGUGCGCAUGGAGUCUGCCAACGGCAACGUGCAGUACUACGAGGGCGAGCAAGGUGCGGAGCGGGUCGUGCGCGUGGUGCUUGCCGAUGGCGCCGUGGUGCACUGCGAGGGCGAGCAAGGUGCGGAGCGGAAGGUGCGCGUUGAGUUUGCCAACGGCAACGUGCAGUACUACGAUGUCAUGGCCACCGCCGGCUCGACCCCACAAUAG